ACAAUUCAGUUUACACAUUUCUCUCUCAAAAUCUAUCAUAGAAUCUAGCCUUAUCAAAGGACUCAGAAACCAAAAAUAUAUAGAGAGAUAUAUAAAGAUGGAACAAAAUUUGCCAGUGAUAGCAAAGAAAUUCUGGAACAUAGUAAGAGUUGCAUUUUUCAUGUUGAGAAAAAGCAUAUCAAAGAGGAAACUAAUGCUAGAUCUCAACUUAAUAAUGAAGCGUGGCAAGAUUGCUAGCAAAGCUGCUAUCCAAAAUCUCAUGUUUCAUCACACACACCAAUGGUCCAACACUCAACGACGGUCACACGACAAAAAUUUACCCUUUCCUCCACACAACAACGACUACGAGUUCAGUUGCAGUAACAGCCCAGUUCAUUACCCUAAUUUUCACUUACCUUUCAACUACUUCAACAAACGAAACAAGAACAACUGUAGCGACUAUGGAAAUUACAUUUCAACUGAAGAUAAUGUUGUAGUAGUGAAUGCAGCUGUAAUGAAAGCAUUGGAGAUGAUUCAGAGUGAAACGGCGUCGCCUGCUUUGCCUGGAUUUGGAAGGACUCCUAUGGUGAGGCAACUUAGGAUCACUGAUUCACCUUUUCCUCUUAGAGAUGUAGAGGAAAAUAGCCAUGUGGAUGAAGCAGCUGAGGCAUUUAUUUCAAAGUUCUACAGAAAUUUGAGGCGUCAAGCUAUAGCUUCGCCUUGUGCUUGAUAUAUAAUAUUUGCAGCUUUUCGAGUUUCAUGCAUGCAACUGUGUUGCAGUUUUUUUUCUUUUUAAGUGCAGUAAAUUCGAAAUAUAUAAAGAUUAUGAAGAUUGGGAACUGUGAAUAAUGUAUGUGCUUAGCUUGUUUGCAUGUACAUAUAUAUGAUUUCCGUUCUCUCUUCAAGACUUUGUUUUUUCCUCUUUUGGUAUUAGUCUGGAAAUCUACAGAACAGAAAAUAAGAUUAUAUAUAAAUGACAUGUAA